CCCAAAUCGGAAGCCCCUUAAUGAAGCCAUCGUCAAAUUUCCUUUCAGACGCGCUGUCACCGCGUGGUCACGUCAGGCCGCAGUGACGCGGCAUGUCGCUCAUUCCUACACUCAUUUGACACAAUGUAUAUAUCAGCUCUUCUUUCUUGCCUUUUAUGCGCUGUUGCACUGGCCAAAGACGACAAGCCCAAGACAAGCGGCACGGUGUGGGUGACGCCUCACGAGAGCUACUCCUCGUCCGUUGGUGUGCUGGGUUGCAAGAUCAACACCGACCGUGUCGCAUACUGGCCCGCCUCUGUGGACUGCACCAACAUCUGCGUGUCCCUCAGCUACGAGGACCGCGAGGUCAAGCUCCUCCGCAUCGACCAGUCACAGGGAGCCUACGAUGUGAGCUACGACGCCUGGAACUGGCUUUACAUCGGGAAGUCCGCCACGGACGAACCCACUGCCGGCGGCGCCAUCGAAAUGGAGUUUGAGAAUGUCAAGGCGUCCGAGUGCAAGAGCCUCAUCAAGACAAAGGGCAAGAAACUGCCCCUCAGCGCGGCCAACAGCAUGAACUUCCUGGCGAGCUGUCUCGACGAUGAGGACAGCUGGGUCGCGGAAAAUUAUGUUCUCUUCAACAUUGCCGACCCCAUCUGCUCACGUGGUUACGACGAGGAGUGCGACCUGGACUGGCCGGAUGCGAACCAGGCCACGUGCAAGCACACGCUGGGCGAUGCGCCCGAGCUCAAGGACGAGCCUGUGUACAAUGUGCGAUAUCCUACCGGGGAGCGGUAUGAGGCUUCGACGGGCGUGGACGAGGAUGAUGCGGCGGGCCGUGUGGGUGUAUGGGCUGGCCUGCUGGCAGUGAUGGCAGUGUUUGUGGUGGUUUGAGGUUGUGGCAAAGGCCCUGCGAGUGAACCCGUGUGAUACCCCAUUGUUUUGUGUUUCUUCGAGAUAUAAGUUACCUGUUUGAGCUCAUUCGAAUUACGCGUCAGCCAAUCUCCGUGCUCUUUCUCGGCUGUUCUUCUGGUGCUGUCAGUAGCCUUCGCAAGUCGUGGCCCCUUGGGUCGUCACACGUAAGAGCCGUCGCGCCGUGAGGCAAUUGGUCAUGAUAUGUUUGACAUGACUGGGUGAGCAAGUUGCGGACUUUUCGGAUGUAACCGGGGCACGCCAUUACUGUAGCCAUCCCUGUUUCAAUCAGCGCAGGAUCGCUUCUAUGUAGUCAGACAUUCACCUAUUCCCGAUCUUAGCAGUGGCUGAGUCCAGCUGCUGACUCGAGCAAUGAGCCGCGUCUUUUGAUGGG